AAAUCAGAGGCUGCAAUGGAAAUUUUUAGAGAAGCUGGAGUACCACGGAAGCAGAAAGUUACAACGUUUAAUGUGACAGAUGAUGCCAUAAUUAAACCAGGAACCCCCCUGUACGCCGCUCACUUCCGCCCCGGGCAGUUCGUGGACGUCACUGCGAGGACCAUUGGGAAAGGGUUCCAAGGUGUCAUGAAGAGAUGGGGCUUUAAGGGCCAGCCCGCCAGCCACGGCCAGACGAAGACUCACAGACGUCCUGGAGCCAUAUCUACCAAUAAAGCUGCCAAGGUCUAUCGUGGGAAGAAGAUGCCUGGUAAGAUGGGGAACGUCUACAGGACAUCCUUUGGGCUCAAGGUCUGGAGGAUCAACACAAAGCAUGACAUCAUUUAUGUGAACGGGUCUGUUCCAGGCCACACCAACUGUCUGGUGAAGGUGAGAGACAGCAAGCUGCCCUCCCGCAAGGGCUGCAACAGCAACCCCCCCUUCCCCACCUUCUUCGCGGACGGAGGCGAGGAGCUGCCAGAGGAGCUGUUCGACGAGGAGGUGUUCCAGCUGGGGGAGCCCUCCCUCACCUAG